AUGAUUUCACUGAUAAAUCAAUCAUUGAAAUCAAUUAAGAAAUUAAAUGUUACAAAUUUAAUUUAUUUAAAUAAUAGUUGUAAUAAUAAUAAUAAUAAUAAUAACAAGAAUAGAAAUUAUUGUAAUAAUAAUAAUAAUAAAAGUAGAAAUAUUGGUGAAGAUGAUAUAGUUGUUGAAUCAACUACUACUACAACGACAACGACAAUCAAACAAAAUGUACAUUUGGGACCAAGUUAUACAUAUCUUUGGAACAGUGGUCAAAUUGGAUCUCUAAAGAAUACAGAGUCAUUCAAUAUAUCACCAUCGACAUCUGUAUCGACCACACCAAACAACACUCAAACACAUCAUUCCGUAUUAAAUCUAUCACUUGAUCAAUUAAUUAAUAUGUAUAAUAAUAGACAUUUUAUAGAUUUAAGUUAUGUUCCUACUUUGGAUCCACAGGAUGUAUUCAUAAAUAGUGAAUUAAAGCUGAGUGAAAUUCAAGUGUUUGGUUUCGAUUAUGACUAUACACUUGCCAACUACAGUGACCAGGUUCAGCAUUUGAUCUACGAGUUGUCGAUCAACUACUUGGUAGACGAACUAAAGUAUCCGACAGCAUUAAAAGACCUAAAGUAUGACGCCAGUUUUGCAAUCAGAGGUCUUCACUACGAUAUGAAGACUGGUCUACUCAUGAAGUUGGAUUUCCUUAAUAACAUACAGGCCGGUGCUGUCUAUUACGGAAGAAGAUCUUUGAGUAAAGAAGAUACCAUAUCUGUUUAUGGUUCAAUGCAAUUAAGAAAACAGUAUUGUGAAAAUAAUUUAAAGACUAUGAGUGAUAUUUUUUGUUUACCAGAGGCAUGUCUAAUUAGUGAUAUCACCCAAUUCCUUAAUGACAAUAACUUUUCUUUUGAACCAAGAAUCAUCUAUGACGACAUCACCAAAGCAGUAUCGAAAGUACAUCUCAGUGGAAGUCUACACAAUAGAAUCAUCAAUGAUUUUCCACUCUAUCUAAACAAACAUCCAUUGCUAGGUGAUUUCCUAUUAAAGUUGAAAUCUGCUAACAAAAAGUUAUUUUUAUUAACAAAUAAUUCAUUCUUUUUCGCUAAUCGUGGUAUGCAAUAUUUGUUGAAUGAUCAACUCGGUGGAAAAUACCAUGAUUGGACAGAGCUGUUCGAUGUAAUCAUUACACAGUGUGACAAGCCAACAUUCUUUGGCCGUGGUCGUCAAUUUAGAUCGUUCGAUAUCAACUCGGAUGAGAGAUACGAUUGGAGUAAUAUCACAGAGUUCAAGCCUGGAAAGGUGUAUGUAGGUGGUAGUCUAAAUCAGUUUACCAGCAUCAGCAAGUGGAAGGGAAGAAGUGUAAUGUAUUUUGGAGAUCAUCUUUUCAGUGAUCUCGUUGAACCAUCCACAAGAGAAGGUUGGCGAACCGGUGUCAUCAUCAAAGAAUUGGAGACUGAAGUAGAAAUUCAAAACUCUCCAAAAUACAGAGAGAAUCUUGCUCAAUUAUUACAGAUCGAGGAUACAAUGAGAAAAUGUCAAUUCUUUAGUGGAAGAGAGAAAGAUGUAUUUUUAGAGGCAUUAAAAACUGAAAGAUAUUCCAAGAGAUUGGCAUUGAAAGAACCUUUCAAUCCAAAUUUUGGUAGUCUAUUUAGAACUCAUACAAAUGCAACCAUGUUUGCUUAUUCUUUACAUCGUCAUGCCGAUAUCUACACCUCAAAGAUUGAAAAUUUAAUUUCAUAUCCAUUGGACUAUGUAUUCUACCCAAGUCGUAAUUAUUUACCUCACGAAUUCAAACUAAAUUAA